AAGUUCUCGGCAGCUUCUUCAGGUCAGGCUGUGCCCAGUUGUGGUUCUGAGUGAGGUCAAAGGACAUUUGGUUCGUCCACUUCCUUCAGCUAACUGUACCGGACCGAACCACUUUAAUUUGAUAAAACUAUGUGUGCCUGACAGCAGCAAUUAACCAAGUAACCAAAGUCCUCUUUAGAGAGUCAGAAAUCUUGAGCCUGCUUCUACCCCCACCAGCACCCCAGUCCUAGUCCCUCUCCCUCCCAGAUCAAACUGGUCUCCUCCAGGGAUGGGAAUGAGAGCCGAGCAGUGAGGCUGGUAGACCAGCUGCUUCCCGCCACCAGCAGAGGAGCGGUUCGGAGCUCAACCCCGCGGGCUUCGCUGGCGCCCACAACUUGUUUACCCUGCGUUUGGCUAGGGUUCAGGACGCCGGCGCCCCACCCUGCAGGAAGCCCUCCCGGGAAGGCUCCCCCGGCUGCCCCGCGUGGAUCGUCCCAGCUCCUCGGCGCCUCUCGCCUUCCCCCAGGCAGGACAGCGAGCUCAGCCGGCGACGCCUGCAGCUGCGGGCGGAAUAAUUAGAACUCAUCAAAAUGUCAGGUCUGGUCCCCACAGCCCCUGAGCAACCUACAGAAGAAAUGGAAAAUCAAAUAAAAUCACCAACUGCUGUGCCUGAUGCUCCUCCUGACUACAAUUCUCAUUUUGCGCCAGGCCCUGCUGGACCAGUUGCCUCUCCUUCUGCAGGCUUGCCUAUGGGAUACUACAUUCCCCAGCAGCCCGGUGCCAUCCCCUUGUACCAUCCCACUGGUGGCACCCAUCCAAUCCAGUACCAACCUGGCAAAUAUCCUGUGACGAAUCAGCCUGCUCCCAUAAUGUGGAUGGCAGGGCCAGCUCCUGUGCCCAACUGCCCUCCUGGUUUGGAAUACUUAGCUCAGUUGGACAACAUACACGUUCUUCAGCAUGUUGAGCCUCUGGAACUGAUGACACGUUUUGAAACUAAUAAUAGAUAUGACAUCAAGAACAACAUAGACCAGAUGGUCUAUAUCGUAACUGAAGACACAGAUGACUUUACCAGGAAUGCCUAUCGGAACCUACGACCCUUUGUGCUCCGGGUCACUGACUGCCUGGGCCGAGAGAUCAUGACCAUGCAGAGGCCUUUCCGAUGCACCUGCUGUUGCUUCUGCUGCCCCUGUGCAAGACAAGAGCUGGAAGUGCAAUGUCCUCCUGGGGUCACCAUUGGCUUUGUUGCAGAACACUGGAACUUGUGCAGAGCCUCUUAUAGCAUCCAGAAUGAGAAGAAAGAGAGUAUGAUGAGAGUGAGGGGUCCGUGUGCAACCUACGGCUGUGGCUCCGAUUCUGUUUUUGAGAUCAACUCUCUAGAUGGCGUGUCUAACAUCGGCAGUAUUAUAAGGAAGUGGAAUGGCUUUUUAUCAACGAUGGUAAAUGCUGACCACUUUGAGAUUCGCUUCCCUUUGGCCCUGGAUGUGAAGAUGAAAGCAAUGAUUUUCGGCUCUUGCUUCCUCAUUGACUUCAUGUACUUUGAACGACCUCCUCCGCGACGUAUGUCAAGAUAGAGGAUCAAACAAAUCAUCAAUUGAAAAAAAAUGAGUAAUUUGCAUUCAGCUUAUGUAUAGCUUUCUGUUAUUAGCACAUAUAUUUCUCUGGCUUGACAUGUGUCUCAGUUGAGUAUUUAGCUUCUUGAGGCACUAGGUUAUUCUGAAAUCUCUACUCCAUUAGCCAAAUAAACAUAUACAGAUACAAGCAUUACAGCUAUAGGCAUGUGAGCUAUGGGAAAGUGAAACCCUUGGUUCUCAACUUGACAGGUCACAACACAUCUUCUGUACCUGUCCCUUUCUUCUUCAUUAGGAAAAACUUGAUUCCAGGUGAGAGGACUGCUACUCUUAGUCUUCAUCUUUAGGAGCCAAAAAGUGCACAGAAAUAAUGUGCUUUAAUGUGCUCAGAAAAUGUUUUGUGUGUGUGUGUGUGUCUGUGUGCACCAGAACAUCAUUCUGCAACAUGCAUACAAGUUCCUAAAGUUCUCAGUGGGGAAUUUUAUUUUAUUACAAAAUAAAAUGUAUUCUCUUUAUAGGCAGUUUAUAUUUUCUAUGCAUAUUUCUUCAUACCCUCAACUGGGCAAUGUGGAGCUACCUGUAUAUGAAGGUAGGAUGAGGGUACCAGGGAAAGUUGAUCAGAGCUACAGCCAAAUAAGUUCUUGGCAUCUUACACAUGUUGUGUGUUUGCUUACUCAGCAGAAUUAGUGUGGACUCUCGUAUUUACACUUGCCUUUUAUCUAACUGUUUAUACUGAUGUCUGGAAUUACCUAUUGUAUUUUUGUAUCUCACUUGCUAUUUUUUUUUUUCGAAAUCCAUCUAAUGACCAGGAUGUCCUUGUGACCAACAGUUUAUUAAAGCUGAAUAUGUAAAUCCUGUCAUUGCUUUAAUACUGGUGACGCUUUGCGUGGUAAACAACUCAUUAUAUGCAAUCAGUAAGAAGACACAGUAAAUUUGUUGCUUCCAUAUUUUCUCCAGAUUAUCAAUGAGGACUAUGGAAGACCAGCAGACUUGUACUAAGGACAGUGUAUGUAUGAAUCACUGAUUUAAUUAAUGAGUUUCAUGCCUUUGCUGUCGACCUACACAUAGAUGCUGUAUGGGUUUUUUUUUUAAUGGAUAUAUUCUCUUAGAGUUUAUUUAAAAAGGAUUAAGUGCUCUUGGGUUGAAUUAUCCUGAGAGAAGAGAUGUAGCCAACAGGCCUUUUUGAAAUAGCAGGUGCUUCAGCUUUAAUUAUACUAAUGUUUUUAUGAGAAAGAUUGUUCUCCUCAGUUAUCUACUUGCUGCUGUUGAGUUUUUAUUUAAAAAAAAUCAUGAGUUCUUGACUAAAAACUACCUUAAAUGUUAAAAUGUACCUCUAAUUUUAACUAGACAUACAUGAUUUCUGUAUGACAUCUUGUAUUUUGCAUAUAAACCAGAUAAACAGAAUUCUGAGAGCUCACGUAUAAGCCUGUCCUUUGCCCACCCACACCCCAUUCUAGCACUUUGCAUCACGUUGAUAGUGAAAGUCAGAAUGCUUCAUAUUUCUGUGCUCCAUACUUCAGUGUUCAUGAUGCUAAUACUUCUCUAACAGCAGAAUUCUUUAACAUAAGUCAUGCAAUUUCUGUAACGCAGUAGAAUUUCACUGUAUCAAGACAGCCUACUUAACUAAAAAAUAAACAACUUGUUUUCUAAAA